AUGGCUUCUACAAUUACGGCUGUUGAUGCUAACACUUCAGAAAUUGCAGAAACAUUGACCGAUUUUGAAGUUGAUGGUAGUACAGCUGCCCUUGUUACGAAUGAAGAGGACGGAUUAUCUUCGGCUGAUCGCAUAAAACAACGUUUAGAUCGAUUUGGUACCGUCGCUCCCGAAGCUAAAAAAAUUGGUCGUGCAUUACGUUUUGGAACUCCACACGAAGCAAUAAAUGGAGCAGCAAAAAAACGUCGAUUAGAACGUUUUGGUCCCGCCCCUCAUUCACAGGAAGAAGAACAAUUGAAAAAACGUAAAAGAGCUGAUCGAUUUUAUUUGUCUGACUCUUCAUCGACAACACCAGGAUUAACAGAAGAAACAAAGAAGAAACGUGUAGAACGAUUUGGUGUUGUUCUUCCAAAAUCAACGAAUUCGUCUACGAACAAUAAAAGACAGCGUGGACAACAGCGUUCAAAUACAACUACUAACAGUAUAACGUCAGAUGCAGCUAAAAAACGUCUUGAGAGAUUUGGUGUUCAUACUAAUGAAUGUCCCAUACAAUAUCAAGCAACUGAUAUUUAUCAUUCAUAUUGUUUAACAAGGACAGCAGUGGAAACAUAUCCUGUAACUAAACAAGAAAAACAAAUGAUUUUAAAUAUGCACAAUAAUGAACGUCUCGAAUAUUGGAAUGAUGAUCUAGCUAUUAUUGCACAAAAAUAUGCUGAUUAUUGCUAUUGGGAUCAUGAUCUUAAUAGUCGUCGAAUAGCUCCACGUUUACCAGUCUACACUGGUCAAAAUUUAGCUGGUGGUAGAGAAAAUUGGACAUUAACACUACAAGAUUGGAUUAAUGAGAAACAACAUUAUUAUUACGAUAGAUCACAAGUAACAGCACACUAUUCACAAAUGAUAUGGCAUUCAACGACUCUUAUAGGAUGUUCAAUGUCUUUAUGCAAUCCAAAUCCCACAUUUAAUUUCCAAUGGAAAUAUUAUGUUUGUAACUAUGUUACUGGUCAACUGAAUAGUGAUCCAUAUAUCCAAGGUGUCGAAAGUAUACUAAAAGAUUGUAAUGGUAAAGUAUGUCUGUACAACGGACAAUUAAAUUUAGAUACGUGUAAAUGUAAAUGUUCUUCAUAUGCUACUGGCGAUCAAUGCGAACAUUGUAUGUUAUUCUAG